CGACAGCUCUGUAUAGCUCCGUGUAACACACGUAUUAUUGCACCGGUAAAAUCAAAUCGUGCUCCAACCCAUCCGAAUAACGGUUUGUGUUACAUUUAUGCGUAAUAUGUAGUAGUAAAUUUGUACCGCCCGAGAGUAUAGGGGAAAACAUCACAAGUAUAUUAUAGACGAAGAAAUAAAAAGAUACAGCAACGGUCCCAACCGACGAGACAACGGGAUAAACGACGAGUGUUUACGAAGAACAUUGAACAGGACGAUACCGGUAUUACCGAUGAAACAUCCAAACCGUCGCGUUCUGCCAAGAUUCCGUGAAAAUUGGCUGCUGCUCCUCCUCCCAAGAGGAAUGAAAAAGUAUUGAACGAGGAAUUGGACCUCCGGUAUCAAGAAAUCGCGAAAGAUGCGGUAUCGUAUACGAAAGAGCAAAUCUUAGAAGUUACUCUCGAAUACAAGGCGGAAGCUGAACGUUACAGAAAACGUUGUGAGAGAUUUAACGAUCUUAUCAAUCGCAUGGAGAAUAGCGGACCGAAUUGGAAGGAGAUCAAUCGAGUUAUAGAAAAUAUUUGGAACGAUGUACCCGAAGAUAAUACCGCUACCAGGAGGAUUAAGGAAUUACCAAAAGAAGCGGAUGACGAUACCACGGAAAUAGAAAAUGUUAAGUGGGAUUAUCGGUACGCAACGGAGGCGACCGUGGCGAACACGCCGAAUGGAAGAAUCAUAGCUCUGACAAAGGCGUUCUGGCCGAACGAAGAAAUACGGGCCAAGUUGGUUAUAAAGAAAAGGACAAAUACCGAUGCGGACGCGGUGGAAAUAAGUGAACAAGAUGUAAUAUCGAUUAAAAAUACGGCCGAGGCGAUGGACGGCAUCAGAUGUUUCGAUAUGGAAAAAAAAUUUGACCUCCGCUACUACAAAUCCGUAAUAUCGAAUUCAAUUAAAUGUUUGCGAAAUCGUCAAAAGAAGACUAAAACACGAACCAGAGAUGAAUGCAGGCAAUACAGGAACGAAAACCUGGCUAACGGAACCGACGAUGACGAUGACUCGGGAAGCGAAGGAGAAUGAACGAAAUAAAGUACGACAACAUAAUUUUGAACGAGAAAACCCAAGAUCGUUCCAAAAACGGGAUACAUAAUUAAAAACAUUUUCUACCGGUUUUUCUCUCGAUACAAUACGAAAAAAUUCCAUUGCUACUCCAUUUCGUUCAAUCUCGCAUCGCGGUUGUUCAACU